UUUUUUUUUUCUCUCUUUCUUUUUCCUUCAUCGUCUGUGAACAACUCAUUCCACUCGUCUCUCUCCUACUCACUUAAUAUCCAUCUAAUAUCACUUCUUCACACAAACCUUCACUCUCCACAAACAUGAAGUUCAUCGCCGCACUCACCAUCUCCGCCGCUGCUCUUGUCGCCACGGCCUCUGCAGACAUGUUGCAGAUCAACAACCCCACGGAUGGCACAAUCUGGAAGACUGGCGUGCCCAACUUUGUCGGCUGGAGCGGUAACUGCGCUUCCAUGGGCAAUGAUUCCAAGGCGGUCAAGGUCGAUCUCGUUAAUGGACCCUCAUCGGCUGUGCGAUACGUCGCCACACUCGGAACCCUCGAUUGCUCAGGAUCGAACACGCGUGCGGAUAUGACAGUCCCUGGCAUGGUUCCCUCUGGACCCUAUUCAAUCGUCGUCCGUACUUCGCCUCAACAGUCCUACACAAAUUCCUUCCAGAUUGAUAACCCCGCACAACCGGCACAGGCAUCCGUGGCACCUGAGGCUGCCUCGACUCUGGCCCCAACCAUCGCUUCUGCAUCCUCAACAAAUACUUCUAACGGUGCGAGUGUACAGACGAUGUCUUUCUUGAAGUCCGGCGCCAUGUUCAUGCUUGCUGGAGCUGCUGGUCUUUGCGUUCAGUUGCUCUAAAAGUAAAAAAAUCAGGAAUAAUGUAGUCCUGCAGCAGGCUAAGGCCACGCGUUCAAUAGAACUCAACAGUAAUCCUUCUUGAUGGCAUUAUUAUACAUAUAUAUAUACUUUUAUUUUUUUUCAUAAAGACACAACUAUCAUUAUAGUUUAUUUUACAGAUGACACUGGUUUGGGUGGGAAAUGUUGGAAACGGCAGAUAUAUGGACG